UAAAAUAUCCAAUCCAAUUCGAAUGGAAUCGUCUGGUUGUACAGAAACUGUUAAGAGUUGGCCGAAGGUUUGGCUUUACGGAUACAAUCCGUUCAAUUUAAGCGGAGAUGGUUCUUUGGUUGAAAUCAAGUUGAACGAGUAUAUCGGAAAACCGGUCUCCGGUGAUGUGUCCUACAUCUUUGAAAUAACUUCAACCCAUGCUAUUUUGGCCGCAGAAAGCUACCUUUAUACACGAUCCGAACUUACAAAGCAAUCAAACGAAGUGUGUUUCGGUAGCAGUAUAGUUAAACUAUCAGCCUGUUCCUGGUACUGUUUGGUGCUGCUGGAGAAUUGUGAUCUGUUUAAAUAUGACUUCAACGACAAUCGAUCCGUUCGAUUGGACUUCCUGGGUGUGGAGUUUGCCGACAGCGAUCAGUCUGCGGAUGAACACGAAAUAAUUACGCAUCUAGCUUGUGGAGACCGUGUUUCGAUUGCAACCACAAGUCGGAAGUCCGUAUUCACUAUUCCUAGUCGGAUUCACACCUUCCCUCGGCAUGUGCGCAUUGUUCAAAUUGCCGUUGGAUUGGAACACUGUCUGCUGCUGACUGCGAAUGGCGAUGUUUACAGCUGGGGUGGAGGAUUACGCGGUCAGUUGGGCAACGGUGAAAUUUUUCCACACCAGGAACAACCGCAGUUAGUGGAAGCGCUUGCUGGUGUGAAGAUUGUUGAGAUCGCCGCAGGCGGGUGGCAUUCGGGAGCCAUUUCUUCGUUUGGUGAUCUGUACAGCUGGGGUUGGAACAGCAAGGGACAGCUGGGGAUAGUGGAUGAGAAGCGCCAAAAGGGGAGCGUUUUUUCGCUGCCGCAGUUGAUUGAGUUUGCCGAUGAGGUGUGCUUGCAGAGGAUUUUCUGUGGCUUCGAACAUACGUUGGUGGUUGAUACGAAGGGUGAUAUCUAUUUUACUGGAAAUGAUUUACGAACAAGACUAGACUACAGCAAAGUGCAGAGACAUCCGAGUUUGUUGGGGUUCAAAAAAAUGGAAUUCGAUCUGGAAGCAUUCGGGGGAAAAUUAAUCAAAAGCGGGGCGAAUACAAUUAUUCUCAUGGAUCAAACGUAAGAUAACAACUUCGCUGGGCAGAGACUGGUAGAUGCAAGUUUGCGCUUUUCGAUACUAGGUGUCGUUGCAUCCAUGGAAUUUAAGCUUUUCCGAAUUCUGACUGGAUUCUCCCUUGGCGGCCAUCCACAUACCACGUGGACAAAUUUGAAAUGAUUUUGACCCCCCGUGGACAAGUGCUCAUAUUAAUUCUAAAAAUUUUGUAUAGACCGUGGACAUUACACAUAAUUCAAAAAAUGGAAACUGAAAGAAAUCGCCAUGACUUAUAGCGAUUUUUGAAGUAGAAUACUUCUCUCAGGAAGUUCGGCUACAUAGGGAUGUGAAAUGAAAAUCUAAAACCGAAAAAAGUGAAAAAUAUGUCCAAUUUCAAAUGCUAAUAAAUCGGUUAGUAUUCGAUGGAUUUCCUUCGUUCUUGCAGCAAUAGAUUGGAAAAUCUUCUGAGAUUCUUCCCAAAAUAAGAUAAUUGUAAUUUUAUUAUUCACACUAUUGUACUAUUGAAAAUAGUCAAGCCUUGUCAAAACGAAAAAUUCGACCUCUGAUUGGUCGUUAUAUGCUUGCUUUCCAAGCACGAUCGACAGAAUCAUAUACCUUGCAAUUGAAAACAUGCUAUUUGGCCUAUAUAAGAGCCUGUUUCAGCCGGAGCCGCUCAUAAUAGUUCUAGACAGCGACAACAGCAGUCGCCCUUCCUUAGCAGCAGCACUAGACCUGUGGUUGGUCACCACGUCUCAGGAGCAGCGCGGUUUUUCUCAGCGUGUGCCGCCAGACAACCAUUAUUCCCCCCGUGUUGGGGCAGCAUGAAGAUUGCCAUCAGGAAAUCCAAUUUUGGAAAUCAAAAUACCUUUUUUAAGACAAAUAAACAAGUCAUUGAAAGUUAAUAAUUUUUGUCAACGCAAGCAAGCAUUCUGUGUUGCAUCCUAGCAAUUUAAAUAUGUCGCACCCGUCGAAUUUACUGAAUGUGAAAUAGCUUCCACAGUGCAUGUUGUCCGUGUAUCUUAAUUCCCCCAAUGUUAGGGCAGCUCAAAGGUUGUAAUUAGCAACUGAUUUUGAACCGCAAAAUGCUUUUUUUCAAGGCAAAUAAAAGAAUAAUUGAAGGUUAAUAAUUUUCUGGCAUCAACACAAGCAGACAUUCUGUGCGGGAUGCAACCAAAUUCUGUUGUUGAUGUCUAAUUUUUACUUUCACUUUAUUUAGUAAACCCCCCACUGUAGGGGCAGCGCAAAGGCUGCGAUCAGCAUAACCGACAUUAAAUAACAAACUGCCCUGUUAGACCGCAUUCACAAAGACAGUUAGUUCGACUAUGCAGAGCUAAUAUGAAGUCGAUUCAAUCAUUCAGCAGUAACAGAAUUUCGUCGUCUCCCAGUUGCCAAGUUGCAACAUGAUGCAACACGCAACAGCGAGUAAACGAAAUCGCUUGAUGUUACAAACCGCAAUAAGAUACGGGUUAAAACCGUUGCGUGUGUGAGAGCACCAUCGGUGUUUAUUCGCUGGAUACAAAAAUCAAAUGCGAAUUUUGGAAUAAUUCGUUUAAAGAACAUAAGGAAAUGGUAAACCUGAACUGAAAGGCGUGGCCUAUUACGUAGCACCCUUCGGCUAUAAAAGAGUGUUUCUGGGAAAACUAGCUACAUUCAUUAGUCGGAAGGUGAACUGGAUGAACCGUCCACAACGUUGACAGCAAUAACAGCAGAUAUCGGCACUCAGCAGUAACAGACCAUAGCAGCGGGUCGCGCCUGUGGCUGCCUUCAAAUUAAACAAAUCACUUGCCCUGUGGUUGGUCACCACGUCUCAGGCCUCUGCCAGGCUAAACGCCAACGCGAGCGAUCGGGCGAGAUUUUUGCGGUACAUCAGCCGGCACUUCCUCUAAUAGAAAAGUAGGAUCAUUUUGUUUAGAAGAACAUUACUGUCGGUAAUAUUACAGAGAUGCGAUUGCAUCAUAUCCGAUAUGGAAUUGAACAAUUGUUCUUUUGAGGACAAAUAAAACACUUAAUUCGAAGAGUUAAUAGCUUUGGGUACCAGUAGCAGUAUGGUACCAGCCUCAGCGGUAGGUGCAGUCGGUACUUCCCUAAGACCGAUGUAAUAAGGAAGUAAAUGGAAGCGGCACGGCGAAACAGUUCGGGUGUUCUUAGACGCGCGUCGUUUUUCGUACGAUAGCGGCGGUAUUAGCGGUAGAUGCAUUUGCCAACACUUACUCCAGUAAAGCCGUGUCUAAUUUUCAAUGUGAAAACACCUUUCUAUUGUGUUGGCCGUGCGCGUUAGGCCUCUGCCAGGCUAAACGCGAUAAGCGGCGCGAACCGAUACGUCGGCCGUAGGUUAAUUUACAGCCGUAAGUAGAGCUGUGUAAAAGUAUUCUACUUCAACCUUGCGGUCGUGGCUUUGCUCACAGCCCUCCUGUGUUUUUUUAUUCCACUGAGUGCGUGGUAAUCUACGUGGGAAUAGAGAAACGAUAUUGAGAUUGCGAGGAAGAGAUGCCAGAUAGGCCCGGGUGGGCCCUGGGAAUAAAAAAAAGGAUGACUUGCAAAAAGAUAUGUUCAAUAGAAAAUUUCGGAAAAUUCCGAAGUAUGUUAAAGCAACUUUCUUUCGAGUUGUAAAUAUUUAUUUUAAUUCGAUCCUAUUUAAAUCAAGUACGAGUUGUGCCAGAUAUGAUAGAAAAAAAAUCUGCUUUUGAGCAAAGGAGGAGCUACAAUGGAAGCAGGUGAAGUUCGAACAAUACAAGAAGAGCAGUUUUGAUCCGGAGAAAAGCGACCCUGAUGUUUUUUUCUCUUUGACGUCAUUAACGAUACCUAUCAACAAAAUUUCAUAUAAUUUUCAAUUGCUCUUAUUUUGUAUUAGUUCGAGAAUAAAACACUUUAUGUAAAAUACAAGAGAGAUUUAAACGAUGCUUAUAAAUA